CGCUUAGAUAACUUUGUUGAACCUGAAACUCCCUCUUCGUGCCACAGUAGACUUCAAAAUUUUCAAAAAUCAAUCUGCCCUUGUUAUUUUCCAUUUUUUGUAGUAGUAACCUACAUAAUCAAUAAUCAAUAUGGCUGUAGAACAGAAAACUCCUGGACAGAUUCAACGUGAAGAGGAAGAAGCCAGAAAAAAAAUGAAACGUCUGGCGAAAGGAGGUGGUGUAGAAGGACGUUUACCAAUGAAAAGAUUAUUUCGCCAAAGAGCUCAUGCUAAUGUUUUGUCUGAUCAUGAACUGGAAUAUCCUAGAAGCCCGGCUGAAAUGGAUUGGACACCAUAUUACCCUGAUAUCCCAGAAGACUCUGGAAAAAAGGUAGAGAUCGUGGACAUUGGCUGUGGUUACGGUGGUCUUACUGUAGCUCUUGGUCCUCAAUUUCCCGAUUCCUUGGUUCUGGGAAUGGAAAUUCGAACGCAGGUCACCGAUUAUUUGAAGGAAAAGAUUCAGGCCAUUCGUUACCGAGCAGAACAUGAAGAACCGGUUGUUGGAGGUUUUAAAAAUAUUUCUGUUUUGAGAAUGAACUGUCAAAAGUUCUUACCAAAUUUUUUCGAGAAAGGACAGCUCACAAAAAUGUUUUUCUGCUUUCCAGAUCCUCACUUCAAAGCUCGUAAGCAUAAGAACCGUAUAGUUACCAGUACCUUGGCUUCUGAAUAUGCUUAUUUCAUUCAACCUCUUGGCAGACUGUACACUAUCACGGAUGUAGAAGAACUUCAUCUCUGGAUGGCAGAACACCUUGAUAAGCACCCUCUCUUCCGUCGACUCUCCAAAGAAGAAGAGGAUGCGGACGUCUGUGUUGCACUUAUGACAAAUGAGACUGAAGAAGGAAAAAAGGUUGCUAGAAACGGUGGAAAGAAAUUCACUGCUUGCUACGAGCGAAUGCCAGACCCUGCCAAAUAAAAAAAGUUAAGGCAGGUUUUUGAUUUGAUGCGCAGUAUGCAUUUGUGCACAGCUAAUUAUGUAUUUACGUGGGUUUACGGAUUGAUAAAAGGUAUAAUAUAAUACAUUUUGCUUCACCA